CAGUCAAACCAAAAGACCCACACCAGAUUGUUUAACACUCAACAGGAUGGAAGACGCUCCUUCUAAGAUGUGCCAUAACCUUGGACAGAACACCUCACAGGGUGCCAAAGAGCGCGGCAAGUGGGAAACCAAGAAAGAGUUUAUCUUGAGUGUGGCCGGUGCUAUUAUUGGACUUGGCAAUGUGUGGAGAUUUCCAUAUCUUUGCUACAAGAAUGGUGGGGGUGCAUUCUUCAUCCCUUACUUCCUUUUUCUUGUUACCUGUGGUGUACCUCUGUUUGUCCUGGAAACAUCGCUGGGCCAGUACACCAGUCAAGGAGGAAUCCUGUGCUGGAGAAAGAUCUGCCCCUUGUUUGAAGGUAUGGGAUAUGCCAGUCAGUUGAUAAUUUUUUAUGGAAACAUCAGCUAUGUUGCGAUUUUAGCCUGGGCAUUCCUGUAUUUCUUCUCGUCAUUCUCUGGAAAGUUGCCAUGGGCCAGCUGUAACAACACGUGGAAUACAGAUUGUUGUGUGGAAAUAAACAACUAUAUUAAGACUGCCAACUGGACCCCACCUGUGAAUGCAUCAUCAUCUGUUAUAGAGUUUUGGCAGCGACGGGUGUUAAACAUAUCCACGGGCAUAGAGGCCUUGGGAACCAUUCGGUGGGAUCUUACAUUGUGCCUUUUUCUGUCCUGGAUCAUCUGCUACUUCUGUGUGUGGAAAGGAGUGAGAUCCACAGGAAAGGUAAGGCUACAAUAAACAAUAUGCUUUGCGUUC